AUGAAUUUCCUGAACCUUAGGCACAAUCGGAUAGUUUUAUUAUCAAAUGGGAGUUUUAAAAAUCUUAAACACCUGCUAGAGUUGGAUUUAUCAUGGAAUAAACUAAAACGAUUGGAACUUGGGUCAUUUACUGGACUUUCAAAUCUACAGAAGCUGAAACUAGAUCACAACAAUUUAUCAUUAAAAUGGAAAUCAUUUCCUUCAGGAGUCUUUGCACCCUUGACGUCAUUGAAGCAUUUGAAUGCAAAAUAUAACGACAGGGACGGAUUUUUGGCUUGUAAAAAUGUGAUCACAAACCUUAAGCAUCUGGAAAUGCUUGAAUUAGAUAUUGAUGAAUCACCAGAUUGUACAAAUAUAAAUUAUGGGUUUUCAAAAUUAACUAAUCUGAAAUCAUUAAGAACAGGUUACUGUGAUUUGACUUUUUUGUCCUCAUACACAUUUGAGAACAUGAAAUAUUUGCAAUUCAUUGAUAUAUCUAGGUGUAGCAUAUCAGAGGUACAUGACGGCAGUUUUGAGAACCAAAAACAGUUAAAAGUACUUAACAUUUCACAAAUUAAUUUCGAUAUAUAUGAUAUAUUUAACAUUGUAGAAAAUUUCCGAUCUACACCGAUUCAGAAACUUGUUAUGACUCAUACAUUAAGAGACGCAGUUAGUUUGGAAUGGGAUGAUUUUUUUAAUUGUUUAAAAAAAUCUGGUAUUAAAGAAUUACAAAUGGGAGGCAACAGUUUUGUUCAUGUUUUAGGGAAAUACCCUCUACCACCAACACUCGAGAUUUUUGACUUAUCAUACAACAAUUUGAACAAAUUUCAGUUCGAAAUGCCAAAUUUAAUGCAACUGAAAUUACAAAAUAAUGGUCUCGGUAAAUUUUUAGCUUCAAAUAGAUAUUCAAAACAGUCAGCCAAACAGCUUGAAUAUGUCGAUUUAUCGUUUAAUCAAAUUCAAAGUUUAAGUUUUUCAAUAUUUCAUAAUCAUUCGAAGCUUAAAACGAUAAUCCUUAGUCACAAUAUAUUAUCGGACAUCUCGUUUGAUAUGUCCACACUCCCGACAUUGGAAAUGUUAAACCUUUCACACAACAAAAUACAAGCGUUCUCCGAAGAGUCGAUGAAUGAUAUCUCGAACAUUGCAAGGAGCUCCGGUCUCAAAAUAGAUCUUUCAAAAAAUAACUUACAAUGUGGUUGCAAUACGCUCCCUUUUAUUCAGUGGAUGCAUGAACAUCACCGUAUCUUUUUUGGCAUUAACACAUACAGAUGUAAUUGGAUAAAUAAUUCUGUAAUAACAAUAUUUCCAUUAAGACCAAUUGUUUUGCAGCUUGAAAAAGAAUGUGCAUCAUAUACAGUUUUAAUUGCAUGUAUAACUUCUGGUAUAGCGUUGGCCUGCGUUGUUCUGGUCGGUGGAUUGGUAUAUCGAUAUCGUUGGAGACUGCGGUACGUAUACCAUAUGACCAGAAGUAAAUAUAAGCGAUAUAGGCCGAUUCUGGACGAUGGUCACUAUACAUUUGAAGCUUUCAUUUCUUAUUCCGACGAGGAACAGGAUUUCUUAUUCAAAGACGUUAUUCCAAAUCUCGAACAAAAGGAGAGUCUUAAGAUAUGCGUUCAUCAACGAGAUUUCCUUCCGGGAGAAGACAUUACACAAAAUAUUACAAAUGCAAUACACGAAAGUAAGAAAACUGUUUGCAUAAUAACAAGAUCCUUUCUGGAUUCGUAUUAUUGCAUGUUUGAAUUUAAUAUGGCUAGAAUGGAAAGCAUUUACUCAAGAGGAGGUCAAAACAUUCUAUUUCUCGUGUUCCUUGAACAGAUUCGUCCAAGUGAGCUUCCUCUGGUGAUGUUAGAACUAGUUCAGAAGCAAUCUUACAUUGAAUAUCCUAACGACGAACAAGGCAAUGUUGUAUUUUGGGACAAAAUCAAGGAGACUUUAAUAACAUAAACAGAUUUAGAUUAUACAUAGGAAUAUUCUC